UUAGUUGUUGUUCAGUUUUACUUUUCUUCAGUUUCAACUGUUCAAAGAAAGAACAGAAUGUUACAGUGUGAUAAAGUUAAUGAAAGUUUACCAGUGAAUGUUACAGAUGAAGUCAUUCAACAAAACCCGGAAUUUUCUAGACUUCUGAAUUUGCUUUCACAACACAUCAACAGUGAUGGCACUUCUGUUCAAGCCCAAAAAGAUAUACAGCAGGCUGAGGAGGAACUUAAACAUGAGAAGCAUAACUGGUUGAUGCAGAAAACAAUAUACAGGGAAGUAGAGGAGCUGUUGAUGGAUUAUGAAAUCAAAAGUCAAGAAUGUUCUCUGUCUUCAGAGGAUAAACAAUUUCAAGCAGCUUUACAAGAAUGUUUAACAAUGGCAGAAAUAGGGGACUACGUAGAUUGCAAUCCUGAACCUGGUUCAUCAUCAACUUUGUUAGGAUUAACUAGAGAAGAAAUUCAAAGACAGAAUCCUUAUAAAAAGCAUUUACCUUUCUUACAACAGAAGCUUUUACCAGAUAUAGAAGACAGAUUGAGAUUAAAAUGUGAAAGUUUGGUAACAUUUCAUGACCCAGAUAAUGGAACAGAAAGUGACAGACUUACUUUUGCCAAGGCUUCACAACUACCAGCAAUGAUUGAUUCAGAGUGUCAUGAGUUAAAACAAAUGAAAGUUAAACUGAACAAAGAGAAACAAAGAAAGGAUAAACAAUUUUGGUUAUAUUAUCAGACAUUGCUAGAUUCAUUGUCACUGCUGGAAGAUUUGAUCUGUCAGUAUAGGUUACAAAAUCAAACAGAACAUGACACAGUUACUACUGAAUGGCUAGUGUCAAAAUGUGAUGGUCUCUGCCUCAAAAUAAGAUUAACAGAAUUACAAAUAUUGUGUGAGACAUACACAGUAGAAACUUGCAGAGCAUUAAACCAGAUUAGAAAGUAUUUAAAAUCUGAGCAUGAUGAAACUGAAACAGAAUAUACUAAUGUAUCUCAGGCAUUAAAAGCAUAUGAAUCUGUUGGAAUGGGAUUUGACUCUUUAGUGAAUGAAUAUAGCAAGUUGAAAAAUGAGGUAGAAAACAAACAGUGGGCACUGAAAGAAUUCCAACAGAGUAUAGAAAACAAAGAUAGAUAGUAGUAAAUUAUUCUAUUUUGUUAUGUACUUUGAUUGUAUAUUCUUAGAACUGAGAGUAUUUAAUGUCUUAUAUCAAGAUGUCUUGGAUAAUAAUUCAUUGUUGAUAUUUAUAGAUCUGCUAUUAUACCAUAUUUUUGGUGUCAAUCAGAAAC